ACCUGGCCGUUUGUAACCUACACUUGCCAGUAUCCAGGCGUUUCGUGCGUGAGAGUUUAUUUUGGGCUGAAAUGCAUGCUCGCCGGAUUAGAAAGAAAAAGUAGGGUAUUUUUUUGGCCAACCCGCACCCUACGAACUACCCCCGAACCGUGAAGAAAAAUGGCUCUCUUAGGAUACCAGCUUGUGAUAACGCUGGUGAUGGUGAGCGUUAUUCAAAAAUUAGGGCGGCAUUUUUCCUUUGCGAAAUGGCUUAUUUGUUCUACUGGGUUGACGAGAUUUUUAUACCCGACUGAUGACGAGCUGAGGACACUCGCGGGUAUACCAAAAGAGAAAACCAAAGGGAAAAAAGACCGGAGGUACCACGAGAACGGUCUGUCCUCGUCUGUCUUCCACGUCCCAAGAAAUCUGGAGUUUCAAAUGGAAACUACUCAAGUUUCUUUCUUAGAUGUGAUUCAUCUGCGGUACUAUUCUGAUUAUCAGAUGCUCUUGGAUUUUUCACUCUAUUCCCUCAUUGUUUACACACUUACUGAGAUCUAUUCAUAUUUCAUGCCGCUGAAAGAUGAGAUAAAUUUAAGCAUGGUCUGGUGUUUUCUAGUGAUUUUAUUUUCCAUGAAGAUAUUGUUAACGCUCACUUUCCAGUAUUUUACUGGAGAACAAUCGAUAGGUGAAAGAUCUACUGUGAUAGUUACGUUCUUUGCCUAUCUCGUUCUCGCAAUGGCCAUUUUGCUAAUCGAUGAGAAAAAUCUCGAGACUGGUCUCGAGCAGGCGUACGCGAGUUUCAAUUCAAGCGCACACGCCUUUUUAGAAAGGCACGGUUUAAACUCCGAAGGGCCAGCUUCCAAGUUCAUACUGAAAUUCUGUAUAGCAUUGUGGUGUGCUCUUAUCGGAGCCCUUUUUACCUUUCCAGGGCUCCGUAUGGCCAAAAUGCACUGGGAUGCUUUAAAGUACUGUAAAGAAAGACAUGUAGUAAGUUUUUUCCUGCACAUAAAUUUUGCAACACCUUUCCUUCUAGUCCUGCUGUGGUUGCGAUCUGUAACCAAGCAUUAUUUGACUGUAAGAAUCUUCCAAGGGAUGGAGACACCAAUACUUACUGAACGUGCCUUCGACAGUUUGCGCUUAGUGUUAAUAAUUGUCGCUGUUAUAAUAAGGCUGGGCUUAAUGCCGUUAUAUUUGCAAGCGUACUUGAACAUAGCUGACAUGCGUGUUCAAGAGCAGAGGAAAGAAGCUGGGAGAAUUACAAACAAAGAUUUGCAGAAAAAGAUAGCUGCAGUGUUUUAUUACAUGUGUGUUGUCGCUUUACAAUACCUAGCACCUCUCCUUUUAUGUCUAUUUUUCACAUUGAUGUUCAAAACUUUAGGUGAAUAUCAGUGGUCGAGUAUUUUUGACCAGACAAACACUUCCGAUCAGGAGUGCCCAGUGGACGGCGCACCACGUGUCGGCAUGCCCCUCGCCGAAGAGGACUCAGUUCUGCGCUCAGCCCAGGAAAUCACUCUUGCGAUCGACUCACUCAAACAGGUCUUGACGCGCGAUGUCGCACGUGGUGUGUUUGGCUUUGCCACUUGGUGGUUGUGUUUCGCCUGGUUCGCCUCAUCGUCCCUCGGCCUCCUCUACCAGUCGUACUUCACCCAUUCGUAAUCACAUCUAAGUCAUCAUCCAGUCACUUUAGACCCUUAGCUUUUCGAUUCGUCCAAAAAAAAGUUAUAGGUGCUAUUCCUUGUAUCCGUUCUUUUAUUGUUGUACCAUUGGUGAUUGAAAGUUAACAAAAAUUUGGUAAUUUGACAAUAAUGUUUUGUUUCGUUUUAUACAAGGAAUAAUGGAUAGUUUUAUUAAUAUUUUCAUUUAAUUUCAUUCAGCAUAUAGGUUGUAUGAAAUUUUUAUGGUUUACGAGAGAUAAUAUUUCGUAACAUAAUUGAAUGGCAUGUCAUAAGCAUUAUAUCAUGCUAAGAAUCAUAAUAUAAAUUAAAUUCUUGAUCAUGUUUAUCAUAUGUCAUUCAAUAAUGUGAAGAAAUGGAACAUUUACCAUUUGUAUUAAUGUUUUUCAUUUUUUUUUUUUUUUUUUUUUUUAACAUUGUAUUUAUUAAUUUUUGAAGGAGACAUUUUCAAAUAGAUUUUAUAAUGUUAUAUCUUAGAAAAAAGAAAUUUAUCAAAUUAGAUGUAAGUGUUUUGCAUUUUUACAGGAUUAAGUGUAACUUUAUCACUACUUUAAACUUACGAGUGUUUUAAAUCAUAUUUUCUUUGCGUUUUUUAUUAUUUUUGUUGAAAAAAGGAUUGUUCAAUUUUAGACAUAGCUCUUGAAACAAAACAGAAAAUUAGGGUUGUGUGAAUAAAUUACUCCACAUUGGAGUCGGAUUUUAUCUGUUAUUUGUAUUUAUGACUUUUAUGUACAAAGCUUGAUUUAAAAAAAAAAAAACUAUUUCCGA